GAGCCGAGCUGGGCCUCCGUGAACCGCGGCGUCCUGCUGUGCGAUGAGUGCUGCGGCGUCCACCGCAGCCUGGGCCGCCACAUCUCCCAGGUCCGGCACCUGAAGCACACGCCCUGGCCCGCCACGCUGCUGCAGAUGGUGGAGACCUUGUACAACAAUGGCGCUAAUUCCAUUUGGGAGCAUUCGUUGCUGGAUCCGGCGUCAGUCAUGAGCGGAAGGCGCAAGGCGAACCCUCAGGACAAAGUGCACCCCAACAAAGCAGAAUUCAUUAGGGCAAAAUAUCAGAUGCUGGCCUUCGUUCAUCGCUUGCCGUGCCGGGAUGAUGACAGUGUGACCGCCAAAGACCUUAGCAAGCAACUCCACUCCAGCGUCAGGACGGGCAACCUGGAGACCUGUUUGAGGCUUCUCUCUCUGGGAGCACAGGCCAAUUUCUUCCACCCGGAGAAAGGGAACACCCCGCUUCACGUCGCUGCCAAGACAGGGCAGAUUUUGCAAGCCGAGUUGUUGGCCGUGUAUGGCGCUGAUCCUGGCACUCCAGACUCCUGUGGGAAGACACCCGUGGAUUACGCUAGGCAAGGAGGCCAUCAUGAGCUGGCCGAGCGGCUGGUGGAAAUACAGUACGAGCUCACCGACCGGCUGGCCUUUUAUCUCUGUGGCAGAAAACCGGAUCACAAAAGCAGGCAGCAUUUCAUUAUACCUCAGAUGGCAGACAGCAGCUUAGACGUGUCAGCGCUGGCCAAAGCAGCCAAGAAGAAACUCCAGUUGUUGAGCAAUCACCUGUUCGAAGAGCUUGCCAUGGACGUCUACGACGAGGUGGACAGGCGGGAGACAGACGCAGUAUGGCUUGCGACACAGAAUCACAGCACGUUGGUCACUGAGACAACCAUCGUUCCUUUCCUUCCUGUCAACCCAGAGUACUCUUCCACAAGAAACCAGGGAAGGCAGAAACUAGCCCGCUUUAACGCCCACGAGUUCGCAACGCUUGUCAUUGACAUCUUGGGGGACGCCAAGCGAAGGCAGCAUGGGAACCCUGUUCCAAGUGCCACAGAAAACGUGGAGCUGAUCCUGAAGGCAGUCAAUAGCCAGCAUGGUCCAGGGAGUCAUGAGGCUGACCAGCCCGACUACGACAGCGUUGCCUCCGAUGAAGAGGGAGAUCUGGAAACGUGUUCAGUGAAGGCCCCUCGGCAGAAGAGCCUGGACUCCGACUUGUCUGACGGCCCCAUCACUGCCCAGGAAUACCUGCAGGUGAAAAACGCCCUGGUGGCUUCGGAGGCGAAAAUCCAGCAGCUUUUGAAGGUGAACGUCAACUUGAACGAUGAGCUGAGGACCAUGCAGAAGAAGCUUCAGACCCUGCAGAGCGAAAACACGAGCCUUCGACGGCAGGCCACCGCAAACCCCCACCAAACUCCGGCCGGCUCUGAGCAUACAGACGUGCCCUCUAUUCGGCGCCCUUCCUUGCGCAGCAGCCGGCCCAUGUCGAUGUACGAGACUGGGUCCGCUCAGAAGCCCUACCUGCCCCUAGCUGAAGCCUCUUAUCCCGAGGAACGCGUCACACCACGGCUGCAGCUCUUCCCUCCCCACGCAUCCCGAUUGGAAAAGCAGAGCAGCUGGCCAGAGGGGGAUUAUGACAACGCGGUCCCCGCUCUGGAGCUGGACGAGACGGGGCUUCUCAGGAAGGCAAGGCAGCGGAGCGGCCCCGGGCCAGAGGGCAAGGACCCCGAGGCCCACCCCAGCGCCAGCUUCCCCAGCACGGAGGACGUGAUUCGGAAGACAGAGCAGAUCACCAAGAACAUCCAGGAGCUGCUGCGGGCGGCUCAGGAGAGCAAGCACGAGAGCUACGUUCCCUGCUCGGAGAGGAUCCAUCUGGCGGUCACUGAGAUGGCAGCCCUCUUUCCGAAAAAGCCGCAAUCGGAGCUGGUGCGCACCCCGCUGCGGCUGCUGACCUCCAGCGCCUUCCGCCUGCAUUCCGAGUGCGCGAAGGCCCUCCUGCCCGAAUCUUGCUCCACGGCUGACGUCCAGCUGGUCACCCAGCAGGUCAUCCAGUGCGCCUACGACAUUGCCAAGGCUGCCAAGCAGCUAGUCACCAUCACAACCAAAGAGAACGCCAACUGAGCGGGCUCCGGCACAGGGUUCGCUGUCGUCUUGGAAACUCUGUUAAGGUUUUCAGGGGAUGGUCUUUUUUACAGGAAUAUUUAAAGCGGUGCAUUACCAUUUUUUUAAAGGAACCUCAGUAUUAAAUUUUUUGCAUGUUUUUUUCUAAGAAGACUUUUUCCCAGGAUUACUAUAAUCCGCUGCCUUACUUGGUGCUCUGUAUUUGCCGGCAUAGAGUGCGCGCGCUGGAAGUGUGUCUUGAGCCAACCGUCACAUCACCAGCUUACGGUACUUCUUUGCUGUUGUGGGAAGUUUGAAUCCUGUACUCUUAACACCCGUUGUGAACUCAGAUGCGCAUCUCAGAAUCCAGGGUGCCUAUCCUGGAAUCCCGUGCAGUUGCUUGGCACGCUUUAACCACUAAGUAGUACACGCCAUGGGCUCUUGAGUUACAGGGGAUGGUCGAAAGGACACCCCAGUCCCUGCUUGGUCUGCCUGGUGCCAUAGAGACCCCAGCCCCCCACCCACGAAAGCAUGACGCGCUUGUGGCUCCACUUGGAAGGAAGAAGGAGCAGCCCCCCUCCUCCGCUGGAGCUGAGGGGCAACGCCUGUUGUUCCCAAGGCUCCCGAGGCCGAUGUUGAGGCAGACAGUGAGGCAGGCCUGCGGCUGCGCCUCAUGCUGGGUUUUCUGGAGGCUCUGGAAAGUGCCUUUGCGAAAUAACUAUGCACUGGGAGGCCUCGUGCCUUCCCCCUUACGGAAAACUAUCCGCUGUCUUUUCUCUCAUUUUUUUGGAAUUCCCUGCCCUGCUGAUACGGACAUGUGAGGGUCUUUCUGGCAUGCAGGGGCAGGGCCCCGGCCAGCCAGAGGGGACUCGUGCUGCAGGGGAGAGAGGAAGGUAGGCGUGGCUAGCUGAGCCCCCGGCCAAUCCCACUGCUCCCAGUUGGAAGUGUGUCGGGGAGGGGGAGCUGUUUAAGGAGCUGGUUUUACUGGCUCCCCCCCUUCCACAAACACUCUGUGCCACGCCAGCCCCAUCUCUUACAGCACGGUAGGCCUCUGUGUGUGAAGUACAAAGCACGUGGCCAUGGCACAACGGCCAAUCAAUGCAAAAAACAGACUUUGGGGGAGAAGGUAGCAGUUUCAGACGGCUGGGAGUAGCAUCCUGCUGGUCACUCUCCUGUGUGCGUUGGAGCUGGAAGCUUCCAGCAAAGGCAGCCACUUGGCCUGCCACAGCUGGCUUGUCUCGCUGGGCUCAGUGGCUUUUGAAGGUAGGGCAGAUACCUCAUUGCAAGGAACCCCAGCCUCCCACACCCUUCCCCUUUCUAGGCGGCGCAGAUUUCCUGCAUAGCUCCACAGCCAAGCAGAGAGAAAGGCAGCCUAGGUGAGCGGGGGGCACAUUGUUAGUGCACUGCAGCAUGGAUCAUGCCGAGUGGGUGGGCAGUAGCAGCAGCCAGGUUGUCUAGAGCCUUUGGAAAAAACCGCGUAGCCCACAGCAACAUUUCUGGCUAGCGAUUUUUGAUUCUUCCCCCAAACUGCCACUUCGCUGCUUCACAGUUUAGACAAGUCUGACUACAGGAAAUGAGCUGCUUUUGCAACAGAAGAAAAAGUUGGCAGCUUUGCAGCUGAAUUGUUGGCGGCUGCAAGGUUUGUCCAGCUGAGUUGCCUUGCGGCUGCUUGAUUGCUAGGGCACCUUAGCCCAAGGGCGGCACCCUGCACUGGCCUUCGUGGAAACCCCCGUGCUCUACCCAUCUCCAGUCCACCCCGUAUGGCGGGUGUUAGCCCCCCAGCUCCUGUCCAAAGCCAAGGGCCUUCUAGCCGCCCACAACAGGCGCAGCUGGCAAAGAGGCCAGCGGGCUGCCCUUUCCUCGAGGCAUCUGUCCCAUGGCUGGUCUGCUGCUUGCCCCGGCCAGGACUCGCCUGCGGCCAGAGAGCAGCGAUCAACUGCCCCCAAGGACAGUCUGGCUUGCUCAGGACACCCUGCGGGAAUGGGGCACCUGUUGCUUUGUGACUGUAGAGACAGGCUCCCCACCCCAAUUUUAAAGCCACAAUUAAGUGAAGGCUCCUGUGGAAGGGUGUGUGUGUAUGUAUAUGUAUAAUAUCCUGCUAGUGUGUGUAUGUAAAUCUUACGCGUAUAAAAACAAGUGCCAUAAUAUUUUGAAUGCUGAUAUUUCA